AUGAUGGCGCAGGUCCUUCAUAUGGAGUCACAUUUUCCAGGUAAAUCCAUCCCUCCUUCUUUAUCUGCUAUAAAAGAUCCUGGUGCACCAUAUUCUGUGGAGACGCCUUAUGGUUACCGACUGGAUUUGGACUUCCUGAAAUACGUUGAUGAUAUAGAAAAAGGACAUACCAUCAAACGAGUGCCUGUCAGCCGCAGGCCUAGAUUUGGAUCAUUACCCCGAGGCCCUGGAUACACUGGAUCUUGGUGGACAUCUACAGAGUCCCUCUGCUCCAAUGCCAGCAAUGAUAGUCGCCAUUCAUCUUAUUCCUAUUGUGGAAGAGGCUUUUACCCAACAUACGAGGUCAGGAGUGGCUCUCAAGUCUCA